AUGAACAACUCGUUCGACGCGGCUCCGGGCGAGGACCCCGAGGAGCUCCCGGCCACCGAGAAGGACCUGGCAGAGGACGCGCCCUGGAAGAAGAUCCAGCAGAACACAUUCACUCGCUGGUGCAAUGAGCACCUCAAGUGUGUGCAGAAACGCAUCGGGGACCUGCAGCGUGACCUGAGCGACGGCCUGCGCCUCAUCGCGCUGCUCGAGGUGCUCAGCCAGAAGAAGAUGGGGCGCAAGCACCACCCGCGCCCCAACUUCCGACAGAUGAAGCUGGAGAACGUCUCGGUGGCCCUCGAGUUCCUGGAGAGGGAACACAUCAAGCUCGUGUCCAUCG